AAGAUCAUCUCCUCCACCCACUAUUAUCACGCUCUCUGUUAACACAAUUGAAAAUGAAGCUACUCGGUUGGAUGCAUCGGAAGUUCCGGCAGAACAGCAAUGAAACACCAAAGGAUUUUUCUAUUGGUUUUACAGGUCAACCAUCACUAGAUGACCUACAAUGCUAUCCAAAAGGAAGUUAUUGCGGUAAGUCCUUAGGCAAAGCACAGAAAGAUAACUACCGCAGAAACUCAUUUACCUGUCUAGAGGCCGCAAGAGUCGAAGAGGAGGAGCUCGAAGAAGAACCAGCAGCUGCUCUUACAGAGCUUUUCCAUGGAUUCCUUGCUAUUGGUACUCUAGGUACAGAACCAAUCACUACUGAUCCAGCAACACCAACAUUUUCCAUCUCUGUGGAUCACAUAGCUGAAAAAGAAACUGAAGCCACAGAAAAUGAACUGAAGCUAAUCAACGAUGAGCUGGAAAAGGUCUUGGGAGCUGAAGGUAGAGACGAGAGUUGUAACGUUUCGUCUGGAAGAAACAGUCAUGUUAGUGCUGGAAGGAUGAGCCACUGCAGUACAAUUACACUUAGUGGUAAGCCAAUAGAAAGUGCAGAGAACUGCGGAAAUGGAGCAAUCAUCUGCCCAUUGCAAAGCUAUCUUUUCGGAUCAGCAAUUGGACUACCAGACACAGCUCCACCAUUAAGGAGAGAACAAAGGACAUCUCUCGGGGAGCUCUUUCAGAAGACCAAACAAGCAGAAGAAUGUUAUGGAACUAAGUCAGACAGAGUUGAAAAGCGAACUGAGAAGGAAACUGACAAGUCUGCAGUACAUCUCAUGAAAAAGAUGCUGAAGAGAAGAACUAUACAUGCUUCCUCAAGGAGUUCAACAGCAGCCCAAGGAGCAACAAUAGAUUCUACAACAGCUGAGACAAAACUCCAUAAGAUUCUACAUAUUUUCAACAGGAAAGUUCAUCCUGAGAACUCGACAUCUUGUCACCAAUCUCAUAAACCCACCAAAAAUGAGAUCAACUAUAACACCCAAUUGACGGCAUCUAACAGUGUAGGCCUACGGCCCUCUGCUGAAGAUAUCAUAAUAUAUCCUCAACAAGCCAUUUCAAAAGAAAACACAUGGAGCCACAAGAACCAGUCUCAUUUACCCCAGCUUACCAAAAGCAGCAGCGACAUUGCUGGGAACGAGUUCUGGGUCAAAACUGAUGCAGACUACUUGGUGUUGGAGCUUUAAGCGAUGGAAGACUCAAGUGGCUUGUACUUACUGCCACAAAAAUUUAAGAGAUAUUUGCAUCUAUCAGAUUCGAGGUGUGGAUUUCAUAUUUGAGUGGUUAUUUCAGGAUGAGUUUGCAUGAAAUAUAAUAAAAGAGGCACCAUCUUGAACUCUGCCUCUAAUUAUGUGUGGUACAAUUGGAGUUACAUUUACCAUGUCUUCAGUAGCAUUGUGAAAUGUAUACAACUAUCCUGAUUAAAUAUAAAUUGUGAAAUAUAUAUAUAAGCAUCUAAUAUACUAUCA